AAGCAGAUCCGGGGACAGCAAUGACAGAGGAGCAGGGGGAUGGCUUGACCAUCGCUGUCUUCGAGGGGACUACACACCAGCGAUACUGGAUAUUCACGCAGGAGCGACUGGCGGAGCUCCGGGCCGAGGCGAACGAGACAGCAUGCGCGGAUGUGAACGAAUGGACUAACAAGCUGAGGAGAGCCGGCAGUGAAGAGCAGCAGCCUGAUGUGGUGCUGGGGCCGUCCCCGGGGAAGAAAGCGAGGACAGAGUGCGAAGAGAGCGGUGUGCAAGUAGAUUGUAUCACCCUGCAAGAGGAGCAGAUCAUUCAGGACUACUACCUUGAGGGGGUCUUCUCGCUCAGCAACAAGCUCAAGCUGCCGGCCAACGUGGAGACAACAGCCAUCACCUUCUACAAACGAUUCUACUUGUACUGCUCGGCUAUGGAUUAUCAUCCGAAAGACAUUAUGUUCACUGUCCUGUGGGUGGCCUGUAAGGUUGAACACUACCCUAGCAGAUAUAUCAACGCUCAGAAAGUUGUACUCAACGAGAACUCCAGGGAGUUCUCCUUCGAUGCUCCUGCCUUUGCGGACCAUGGAAACAUUCCCAUAGAGCACCUCCUCCGUCUUGAGCAAGUUCUCCUCCAGGUCCUCAAGUACCACCUGAUGGUUCACCAUCCGUUCAGGCCGUUGAGGGGAUUCCUUGAGAUGUGGACAAAGCGAUCGGACUCGAUGAAGCUAGCGGACGAUGUGAAAUCCAAGAUCGAGGAGAAGGCUACCAAGCUGCUGCGAGACUGGAUGAAAUCAGACAUUCUCCUCAUCCUCCAUCCUUCCGAAAUCGCUCUUUGUGCCCUACGGCACACCUGCGCUAAGGCCAAGAUGGAGGCCGCGUUCGAUAUGUUCCUGAAAGACGCCAUCGGAUCGAGCGCUGAGAGUGUCGGGAGAGUCUACGAGGCCAUCGAGGGCAACUUGGCAGCGCACAAGCAGCGGCUCAAGGGGGAGCAGCUCAAGACCGAGGCCACGAGGAUCAAUGCGAAGUUGCAAGGCUGCAGCAACCCGGAGAAGGAGCGAUCUCAUCCGCAGUUCGCUCUUCUGGAGGAGAUCAAAAGGAAAGAAAGAGAAGCAGCGAAGGAGGCGAAGAAUCUGCGGAUCGCGCAAGAGCAACGAGAGCAAGAGAUGAGGCUGUUGGGGAUCGACGGAGGACGAUGA